GAUAGCUGUCAUUGUGGCGUGUCGUGUAACACCAUCCCAUCAAAAAUUUCAUCAUAUUUGACCAUACCAUAACACAAUUACCGGGUAUAAACCCCACUAUUAGACGCCAUGAAAUUAUUUUGCAAUAAAACAAAUCCUCCUAUAGGCGGAUUAUUAGCGAUUGAAUACCUUAAAAUAGAUUCAAAAGUUAACAUCGAAAUUAUUUGGGGCGAUGAAAUGUGUCUUGAAGACGACAAAGAAAAGAUAACCUGUAUAAGUAACAAUGACGUUUUGAGAGGUAUAAGUCGUAAAAGUGCCAUGGAAAAAUUGUAUGGAAUAGAUGCUUGGGAAAGGAGUUUAACUGAUCAUUGGUUAACUUUCGCUGCUGGACCUUUAUCUACAAGUAGUGAUUUCAAUAAAUCUAUUGUUUAUUUAAAUAAGUCAUUGUCACCAAAAACAUUCAUUGUUGGAAAAAGAUUUACAAUAGCAGAUUGUGCUGUAUUUGCAACAUUAUAUGCAAACAAAGAAUGGCAACUUUUAAAAGAUACAAAGAAUUGCCCGGAACAUGUUCUAAGAUGGUUUAAUUUCAUUGCAUCCCAAGAAUGGGUUAUUUCAUCAUUGUUGUCACUUCCGGGUGAUGUUCAAGCAUCACUUUCAACAAGUAGACAAUCUCCUGAAAAUAAUGCAGGUGGUCGACCACAAGAAGGAAAGUUCGUUGAUCUUCCAGGAGCUGAAAUGGGGAAAGUUGUGGUUAGAUUCCCACCAGAAGCUUCAGGAUAUUUACACAUUGGACAUGCUAAAGCAGCUUUACUAAAUCAAUAUUAUCAGCAAGCUUUCCAAGGUAAAUUUAUUAUGCGUUUUGAUGAUACCAAUCCAGCUAAAGAAGAAGUUGAAUUUGAAAAAGUUAUCUUAGAAGAUGUUGAAAUGCUUGAGAUUAAACCAGACCUGUUUACUCACACCUCUCAGUAUUUCGACAUUAUGUUGGGGUAUUGUGAGAAAUUGUUAAAAGAUGGGAAAGCAUACUGUGAUGAUACUGAACCGGAACAAAUGAAAAUGGAAAGAGAACAAAGAGUUGAUUCUGUUAAUAGAAAUAAUAGUUAUGAAAAGAAUUUAUCAAUGUGGCAGGAAAUGGUUAAAGGGUCAACACAGGGCCAAAAAUGUUGUGUUAGAGCUAAAAUAGACAUGCAAUCACCAAAUGGUUGCAUGAGAGAUCCAACAAUUUAUCGAUGCAAAAAUGAACCCCAUCCAAGAACAGGAGAUAAAUACAAAGUUUAUCCAACUUACGAUUUUGCAUGUCCAAUUGUUGAUGCAAUUGAAGGUGUUACACAUACAUUAAGAACUAUGGAAUAUCAUGAUCGGGACGCUCAAUUUUAUUGGUUUAUUGAAGCUUUAGGUUUAAGAAAACCGUACAUAUGGGAAUAUAGUCGCCUUUCAAUGACAAAUACUGUGUUGAGUAAACGAAAAUUGGCGUGGUUUGUACAAGAAAAAAUUGUGGAUGGAUGGGAUGAUCCAAGAUUUCCAACUGUUCGUGGUGUUUUACGUCGAGGUAUGACCGUUGAAGGUUUAAAACAAUUUAUCAUAGCUCAAGGUUCAAGUCGAUCUGUUGUGUUUAUGGAAUGGGACAAAAUUUGGGCGUUUAAUAAAAAAGUUAUUGAUCCGAUUGCGCCUAGAUUUACAGCUGUGGAUAGUUCUAAUAAUGUCGUGGUUAACGUUAAAAAUGUUAAAUUAGAAAAAGUUGCAGUGGCGAAACAUCCUAAGAAUACUGAAAUUGGAUUAAAAGAUACUUGGUUGGGUCCUCGCAUUUUAAUUGAUACCGUUGAUGCGGAAUGUUUAAAGGAAGGUGAAAAUACAACGUUUAUUAAUUGGGGCAAUUUAAUGAUUAAAAAGAUUAAUAGGGAUGGUGAUAAGAUAACAUCAGUUGAUGCAGAACCAAACUUAGAAAAUAAAGAUUAUAAAAAAACUUUAAAACUUACAUGGUUAGCUGAAACUAGUUCAGCUCCAUUUACACCAACAUAUUGUGUUUAUUUUGAUCAUAUUAUUAGUAAGGCUUUAUUAGGAAAAGAUGAAGAUUUUAAAGAAUAUGUUGGGCAUACAACAAGGGUUGAGACUGAAAUGUUAGGAGACCCAGAACUAAAAAAAUUAAAGAAAGGUGAUAUAAUCCAAUUGCAGCGUCGCGGUUUUUUUAUUGUUGAUGUUCCGUACGAACCAGCUGAUUUAAUAACAUGUAAAGAACAACCAAUAAUUCUUUUUAAUAUUCCUGAUGGUCAUACAAAAGAAGCAAAUCUUACAGCUCCUAUCAAUAAAAAAUCGUCUGAAAAAAUUGUACCUAAGGCGAAUAUUACUAAAGAAGUAUCUGUAAUAUCAAAUGAAAGCGUUUUAUUGGAAAAAAUCGGUGCUCAAGGUGAUAAAGUGCGCGAAUUAAAAACUACGAAAAUUGGAAAAGCGAUUAUUGAUGAAGAAGUGAAGUUAUUGCUGAGUUUAAAGGGUGAAUAUAAAAAGUUAACUGGUAAAGAUUGGAAACCUGGAGCUGUAGCCAGUCCACCAAUAGAUAUGUCAACAUCUUCCGUUAUAGCAAGUUCAACAUCAUCAAGUGGCGAUGAAACUUCGCUACUUGAACAAAUUGUUUCGCAAGGUGAAAUAGUUCGCGGUUUAAAAUCGAAAAAUGCCGAUAAAAAAGCUAUUGAUUGUGAAAUUAAAACUUUAUUAGCGUUAAAAUCCGAUUAUAAAACAUUAACAGGAAAAGAUUGGAAACCACCUCCAGGUGUUUCUUCAAAAACAGUUUUACCUUUAUCGACCCCAUCAAAUGCUAGCAUAGAAAUAAAUGCUUUAUUGGUAAAAAUUAAAGAGCAAGGCGAUAAAAUUCGUGAUAUAAAAGCUAAAAAAGCAGAUAAAUCUACAAUUAACGAGGAAGUAACAAAAUUAUUGGCAUUAAAAGCUGAUUUUAAAUUGUUAACUGGAAGAGAUUGGAAACCUGAAGAUUGUUCGGAAUCAAUUGUACCAAUAAGUACUCCAUCAUCUAGUUCUGUUACUGAAUCAUCUUUAUUCAUAAAAAUAAAAGAUCAAGGUGAUAAAGUUCGAGAUUUGAAAUCAAAAAAAGCUACUAAAACAGAAAUCGAUACUGAAGUUAAAACUUUAUUGCACCUUAAAUCCGAGUAUAAAGCCUUAACAGGAAACGAUUGGAAACCGGAAAAUAAUCCAAAAAUAUCAAAUUUGCCUUUAGCUACGCCGUCAAAUGCUAGCUUAGAAGAGGAUAAACUUUUGGUAAAAAUAAAAGACCAAGGAGAUAAAGUUCGAGAUUUAAAAUCAAAAAAAGCCAGUAAAACCGAAAUCGAUACUGAGGUUAAAACUUUAUUGCACCUUAAAUCGGAAUAUAAAGCCUUAACUGGAAAAGAUUGGAAACCGGAAAAUGGUCCAAAAACAUCAUCAAAUUUACCUAUGGCUACGCCGUCAAACGUUAGCUUAGAAGAAGAUAAACUUUUAGGAAAAAUUAAAGAUCAAGGUAACAAAAUUCGCGAGUUAAAAUCGAAGAAAUCUGAUAAAUCUAUUAUCGAUGGAGAAGUUAAGACAUUGUUGGGAUUAAAAGAACAGUUUAAAACGGUAUCCGGAAAAGAUUGGAAACCAGGUAUGGAACCUUCUAAAGGAUUGGAUACUGGCACUUCCUAUUCUGCUAUAGAAGUUAAUCUAAAAACCAAUGAAAACGAAGACCUUUUAAGCCGAAUUGCGACCCAAGGCGAUAGAGUUCGAGAUUUAAAAGCGAAUAAAGCUGAAAAAUCGAUUAUUGAUGCAGAAGUAAAAAUUUUAUUAGCUUUGAAAGAAGAAUAUAAAAGUAUAACCGGAAAAGAAUGGAAAGCUGUAAUUCCGCAAGCUAAGGGUACUAGUACAAAUCCACCUAAAGCUGUUGCAAAAUGUAAUGCUACAACAGAAAUGAAGAAAGUUACUAUUGACGAUAGUACUGGUAUUAAAAAGCAGACUCGUCUCGGUUUAGAAGCAAAAAAAGAAGAAAAUCUCUCUGAUUGGUAUUCCCAAGUAAUAACAAAAGGAGAAAUGAUCGAAUAUUACGACGUUUCUGGUUGUUACAUUUUCCGGCCAUGGUCGUUUGCAGUUUGGGAGGCGAUAAAAGAUUGGUUUGAUGCUCAAAUUAAAAAAUUGGGCGUCCAAAACUGUUACUUCCCAAUGUUCGUCUCGCAGAGCGUCCUUGAAAAAGAAAAGACUCACAUUGCCGAUUUCGCACCGGAAGUUGCUUGGGUCACCCGUUCCGGAAGUUCGGAAAUGGCUGAACCAGUCGCUAUUAGACCAACAUCCGAAACAGUUAUGUAUCCAUCUUACGCAAAAUGGAUUCAAUCAUUUCGAGAUUUACCGAUUAAAUUGAAUCAAUGGAAUAAUGUUGUUAGAUGGGAAUUUAAACACCCACAACCAUUUUUGAGAACGAGAGAGUUUCUAUGGCAAGAAGGUCAUACUGCUUAUGCACAAAAAAGUGAAGCUGAACAAGAAGUUUUAACGAUUUUAGAUCUUUAUGCAAAAAUUUACACUGAUUUAUUAGCAAUACCGGUUGUAAAAGGUCGUAAAACAGAAAAAGAAAAAUUUGCUGGUGGUGAUUAUACUUACACAGUUGAAGCUUUCGUUUCUGCGAGUGGGCGAGGUAUUCAAGGUGCAACAUCUCACCAUUUAGGUCAAAAUUUCUCAAAAAUGUUUGAAAUUGUUUAUGAAGAUGCAGAAACGCAAGAAAAACAAUAUGUUUAUCAAAAUUCUUGGGGUAUAACAACAAGAACAAUUGGUGUAAUGAUAAUGGUACACGCUGAUAAUCAAGGUUUAGUUUUACCGCCACGUGUAGCUGCUGUUACAGUUGUUAUAGUUCCAUGUGGAGUUUCGGUGAAAUUAACAGAAGAAGAUCGAACAACAUUACGCAAAUCUUGUUUUUCGUUAGAAGAUGAUCUUAAAAAGGCUGGAAUUAAAGUUAAAGGAGAUUAUAGAAAUAAUUAUUCACCAGGUUGGAAAUUUAAUCAUUGGGAAUUAAAGGGUGUUCCAAUUCGCAUUGAAUUGGGCCCAAAAGAUAUACAGAAAGCCGAAUUUGUUGCUGUGAGGAGAGAUACCGGGGAAAAAAUUGUUUACAAACGAGAUAACGCUGUUAAAGAUAUUAAACGACUCUUAGACGACAUUCAACAUAAUCUUUACGCGAAAGCUUGUAAAGAUUUGACUUCUCAUACAGUUAUCGUAACUGAAUGGAAAGAUUUCGCACCAAAUUUGGAUAACAAAAAUAUAAUUUUAUCUCCAUUUUGUGGUGAAACCUAUUGUGAGGAUAGAAUUAAAGCUGAUAGUGCAAGGACUGAUGACUCUGAUCCUGGUGCACCAUCAAUGGGGGCUAAAUCCCUUUGUAUUCCAGUGGAUCAACCUGCCCAACUAAAAGAUAACGAUAAAUGUAUCCAUCCCGUUUGUGGAAACAAACCUAAAUAUUACACUUUGUUUGGAAGAAGUUAUUAGGAUUGUGUUCUUUUUGUUUGAAAUUUAACUUAAUAAAACAUUGAUAAAUAAGAA